AUGUCGGCGAGGAUCGCCGACUUUGGGAUGGCGAAGCUGGUAGGGAGGAAUUUCAGCCGAGCGUUGACGACGAUGCGGGGCACCAUCGGGUACCUUGCGCCGGAGUGGAUCUCCGGGCAGCCCAUCAGCGCGAAGGUGGACGUGUAUAGCUUUGGGAUGCGAGGUGGAGGCGACAGGGACCAUGGAGCGUGGGCGUCGACCUUCUUCCCAGUGUGGGCCGCGAGGAAGGUCGUGGAAGGAGAAGUGAGCGUCGUGGCUGACCCGCGGCUGCACUGCGACGUGAGGCUGGAGGAGUUGGAGUGCGCGUGCAGGGUGGCGUGUUGGUGCGUCCAGGGCGAGGAGGUGCGGCGCCCGACCAUGGUGCAGGCCGUGCAGGUGCUGGAGGGCGCCGUCCAGGUCCACGCGCCGCCGGUGCUGCAGCACCUUGUCACGCUCACGUAA